AUGGCAACAACAGACAACAACAAAAUUAUUAAUCCAUCAUUAAAUGAACAACGUCUUAUUUGGAUUGAUUGUGAAAUGACUGGGUUGGAUCCAGUUAAAGACAGAUUGGUGGAAAUUGCUUGUGUUGUUACUGAAGGUGAUUUGAAGGUGGGGGAGUUUUUUUUUAAAUUUUGUGUUUGAGUUGAACCUCAUUUUUGGACACCUCCAUUGGGUGGGGUACUCAAUUUAAGAGAAUUCUUUCGAAAUUUUGUAGGCCGUUGGGGUGGAAAGCUGGCCAGGCGAUACCCUCUCUAUUUAAUAUGUAGACCUUCAUUGGGUGUGUUGCUCAAAAGUACAUUCUU